UAUGGCUUGGGAUCAUCGACUGCAGUCCUAAAUGAGUUGGCCUGCCCCCCCCCCCAUCCCAUUCCAUCCCCCUAUAAAAGUGCAGGGUGGUCUCGGGCUGUGGAGUCAUGAGUGAGAGUGGCCAGGGUGUGGAGCAGAUCAGGAGGUGCUGUUUCCCCCGCCGCGCGCCACACGGUCACCGCCGGCCGCCGUCUUGUAUCGCCGACGCCAUGACCGCCUUCAAGGGCAUCUGGACUCAGGAGUUCUGGCGUUGCGUCGGCGCCGAGUUCUCGGCCACGCUCCUCUUCGUGCUGCUGGGCCUCGGCUCCACGGUCAACUGGGGGCCCGGCGAAGGGGCGCCUGACUUGGCGCACAUCUCGCUGUGCUUCGGCCUGACCAUCGGCACCAUGGUCCAGUGCUUCGGACACAUCAGCGGCGCUCACAUCAACCCGGCGGUGACGGCCGCCAUGGUGGUGACCCGCAAGCUGAGCGUGGCCAAGGCCGUGUUCUACGUUCUGGCCCAGUGCCUGGGCGCCACGGCGGGGGCCGCCGUCCUCUACGGGGUCACGCCGGCUUCAGUCGCGGGGGCCCUGGGCGUCACGGCGGUGAACAAGAAGGUGUCGGUGGGAAACGCGCUGAUGGUUGAGAUCUUCAUCAGCUUCCAGCUCAUCUUCACCAUCUUCGCCACUUGCGACCACAAGCGCAGCGACCUGAAGGGCUCGGCGGCGUUGGCCAUCGGCCUGUCGGUGUGUGUCGGCCACCUGUUCGCUAUCCCGUACACGGGCGCCAGCAUGAAUCCCGCUCGCUCCCUGGGCCCGGCCGUGGUCACAUGGUCCUGGGAGAACCACUGGGUGUACUGGGUGGGCCCGGCCCUAGGAGGCGGCGUGGCGGCGGCCCUGUACGAGUACCUCUUCUGUCCGGACCCGGAAGCCAAGACACGUUACUCGGACGGCUUCAGCAAGACGGCGUUCACGGGCUCCAAACAGCGGCAGGACUCGGUCACGGCUCAGGAGCCGCUCUUCGCCGCCAUGGAGGCGGAGCGGGGCCGCGAGCGGGAGGUCUCGGGGGAGGUGCUGUCCUCCGUAUGACUAGACCGGAAGCGGGUCCGGGUCUGCUUGGCCGAGGCGGCGCCGGGUCUGAAGGAGACGGACCUGCUGUAGAGCAACAUCAAAUGACUAAAAAGAUCCUGCAUGGAAUCUACCUGGAGGAGGAGCAGGAGUGGACUCAAGUCUGGAUGGUUUGGACAGUUGGAGUCUAAAGAAAACAAAAAAGAGGUUUAAUAGAAGAGGAAAGACUGGAGACGUCCUUUCAAGAGAACAGAAGUGUACCUAAGAAGGAUCCCUGAGGUACAACCCACCUGUGUCUGUGGGCGUGUUUGCGCUCUGUGCUCAACAAUCCAGUCUGAAAACAAAAGCUUCAUCUCAUUCAAGGCUGUCCAAAGUGCGGCCCGGUGGACAUUUGCGGUACAAUCAUUAGCAUUUUUGUAUUACCAUGCUAGUUGGUUUUGCUAACUUUGCAGCUACCGUAUACACAUUGGCGUCAAAUAUCUUGUUACCUGACGGAUGUCACCUGUUAGCAUGCUAAGGUUAGUAUGCUAGCUUGUUUUAGUGCAUUUUGUAGGUACAAACCUCAGUCAUAUUUUGGUACUUGUAUGCUAAGGCUAGUAUUAGUGUUUGUCAAAAAAUUGAUUUUUGAAUGAAUUUCUACUUGUAAUGAUUCUUAGAAUAUAUAUAUGUGUGUGUAUAUAUAUA